CCCAUGACAAUGUCUUCCAUUAAGAUUGAGUGUGUCCUGCUGGAGAACUGCCGGUGUGGUGAGUCUCCAGUGUGGGAGGAAGCGUCCAAUUCUCUGCUCUUCGUAGAUAUUCCUGCAAAAAAGGUUUGUCGGUGGGAUUCACUCAGCAAGCAAGUCCAGCGAGUGACCACAGAUGCCUCAGUCAGCUCAGUGGUGCUCCGCCAGUCGGGAGGCUAUGUCACCACAAUUGGAACAAAGUUCUGUGCUUUGAACUGGGAAGAUCAGUCAACCACUGUCCUGGCCACAGUAGAUAAAGACAAGAAGAAUAAUCGAUUCAAUGAUGGGAAGGUGGAUCCUGCUGGAAGAUACUUUGCUGGCACCAUGGCUGAGGAAACAGCCCCGGCAAUUCUGGAGCGGCACCAAGGGUCCCUGUACUCCCUCUUUCCGGACCACCAUGUGGAAAAGUACUUUGACCAGGUGGACAUCUCCAACGGUUUAGAUUGGUCCCUGGACCACAAAAUCUUCUAUUACAUUGACAGCCUGUCCUACUCCGUGGACGCCUUUGACUAUGAACUGCAGACAGGGAAGAUCUGCAACCGCAGAAGUGUUUACAGGCUGGAAAAAGAAGAACAAAUCCCAGAUGGAAUGUGUAUUGAUGCUGAUGGGAAACUCUGGGUGGCCUGUUACAAUGGAGGAAGAGUGAUUCGUUUAGAUCCUGAGACAGGGAAAAGACUUCAAACUGUGAAGUUGCCUGUUGAUAAAACAACCUCAUGCUGCUUUGGAGGGAAAGAUUACUCUGAAAUGUAUGUGACCUGUGCCCGGGAUGGAAUGGACCCUGAGGGGCUUAUUCGACAACCUAAAGCUGGUGGAAUUUUCAAGAUAACUGGCCUGGGGGUCAAAGGAAUUCCUCCUUAUCCUUAUGCAGGAUAAGUCACAGGCCUUUUUUGCUACUAGAAGAAACUUUGAAGGCAACUAGAAAAUUCUGAAGCUGAUAUUUCAAUCCACUUACAAAAAAAUUGAGGCAAUAAUAUUAUAACAGGGUUCAAUGUUUAUUUACAAUUUUUAAAAGGUAGAGGUUUUUAACAAAGGGUGACAGGUGGGUUUGAUAACACACUAUAAGGCCUUCUGCAAAGGUACUAUAGAAGGUCAAGAAUUGUUCAACUGUCAACCAGCCUCUUGAUUCUUUGCAAAUUACUGGUGGAAGUGGGGAGAAGAAAGGGAUUGUAUCUGUUCUUUAAUCUAUAUUCCAUACUUAUUAUACCUAAAGCUUCAAAAAACUAAUAAAUAGUAAUCUGGUAAUGA